AGAAGUGUGGUAUUGUACUUGUUCGAAAUUGCUUAAACGUUAUCUACACCAAUGUGAUGCGUUCUAUAUUAUGCACUAUCCUGUAUUUAAUCCGGACGGCUGGUGAAAUUUAUAUGCUAUAUCGUAUGUACAGUUAUCAUACAUAGGGAAUGAAUUGUUAGGGUGUUAAAUAUUUGCUUGUUUCGUGAUACAGAGAAAUAUGGCAAAAUAUUUUCCAGGAAUAUUUAUACUUCUGUGUUUAGUGAAUCCAUUUCUGUCAGCAGAAGUUCCAUCUGUAACUACGGCUCUAGGAACAAUAACUGGAGAAACUAAACGUGUGAUAUUUCAGAAAAAAACAUAUGAUGUCGACAGAUAUCUUGGAAUUCCAUAUGCUAGACCACCUACUGGAGAACUGAGAUUUAAAAAGCCGCAGCCGUAUGGUCCCUUUGUGGAGGCAUACAGUGCUACAAAGUUCGGAUUAUCAUGUCUACAAUCUUUCCUUAUACCUAUUCUACCUGCAGAAAACACAUCCGAAGACUGUUUAUUUCUGAACAUUUAUGUACCACGACAAGAACCCGAUCAGCCUUCAGGUCAUGCGAUCAUGUUCUUUAUUCACGGCGGCGCAUUUUUAAUGGGUUCAGGAAAGAUAUAUGAUGGAGGAGUCCUUUCUUCUGUUGGCAAUGUAAUUGUAGUCACUAUUAAUUACCGACUUGGAUUACUUGGAUUUCUAGAUAUUGACAAUGAAAAAUCAUCGGGUAAUUUUGGCCUUUUUGACCAACGCUUGGCCCUACAGUGGGUUAACGAAAAUAUCGGUGCGUUUGGAGGGGAUAAAGAUAGGGUGACAAUAUUUGGAGAAUCCGCAGGUUCAGUUAGUGUUUCUCUACAAAUGAUGUUUCCACAAAACGAAGAACUCUUCAGAAGUGGUAUUUCGGAGAGUGGAGCUAUAAUGCUGCCUGGUCUGUACCAAGAAAAUAACAUCGAAGUAGCUAAAUAUCAUGCAGAGAUCAUGAAUUGCAAUGUUGAAGACAUGGAUGAAGUUUUCAGUUGCCUUCACUCAGCCACACCUGAAAUUAUAAACAAAGCUGUUUCUGACGCAGUGGCAUCUGACAGUAUGACAACUAUAGUAAAACUUCGUAUUGUUCCGACGAUUGAUGGAGAAUUCAUCAAAACUAAUCCCGCUGACCUGUUUAGGAAAGCGGUAGCUGAAGACUGUGAGGAAAUAAACUUCUUUCGUACACGUAAACUGAUGAAUGGCGUAAAUGGUAAAGAAGGGGCAAUGCUUCUUCUGUCGCUUGGACCAGAUAAUUUGGACGAACUCGAGAUAACUCGAGAACAGAUGAAUACGCUGCAAAUUCCUGGUGCUUUAGCAUUAGUCUAUGGUCAGCGAACUGUUCCUGAAGUUGUGAAACAGCUUUUGAUUGCAGAGUACACGGAUUGGAAAAAUCCUGAUGAUCCCAAAACAAUCCGUGAAGAGCUAAUGCGUCUUUUCGGUGACAUUAAUUUCAAUGUUCCUGCAAUAGAAAUGAGUCGCAUUCAUUCCAAUGCAUCUGAUGUUGACAGUUAUCUUUACAAUUUCGUUCCUGUUUUGGACAAACAUAUAUUUCCGGCACCAAACUGGAUUAAUAUGUCAAACCAUGGGGACGAGUUAGGACCUGUGUUUGGAUACAACAUUGAUUUUGAAGCUCUACUGAACAUAUCUGAUUACACACCUCCAGAGUGGGAGCUCAAGCUGUCCGAGAGAAUGAUGGCAUACUGGACAAACUUUGCAAAAACAGGCGAUCCGAAUAAACCAGUGUCAGAUGCAGUGUCUUCUGUAGUUUGGCCAAAAUAUGACGUCACAUCUCAGUCCUACAUCAAGAUUGACAGGGAGGAUUCUGUUGGUCAAUAUUUGUUUGCAAGAGAAACCGACUUCUGGAAGAACUCUCUAUCAGCCGUGUUCGAUGCUACGGAGCAUGUGCAAACUAUUACAUCACAAUAUGGUAGCAAAGACGAACAAACUUGCGAAAAAGAUGGCACAUGUGGAUAAAUAAAGACUCUGAAAUUAUAUUCGAUGAACAAAAUGUUUUAUUAUAAAAACUUGUAUAUAGACAUUUCUGCACUUAGUUCGUAAUCAAGCCAUUUUAUUUAAAAGCAGUUGCUGCUGAUGGUGAAUCACUUAGAUACGAAAUAAUGUUUUACCACAUCAGGAAAAUUUUUAUUAUCUGUCAAUAUGUUUCACCUUAAAUGAUAUGCUUGCCAUAGAAAACAAAAUAGAAGGAUAUGUCAGACUGACUAAUAUCCCCAUAGUGAAAAUAAAGCAAUACAAACACUUUUAGUUAUAAUGUUGUAAAUUAUUAAUGACUAUUAAAUUGACAUGCUAGUAGUAGUAUAGAGCUAAUUAUCGUCUGCUUUAUAUGAUCAUAAAUUGCUUGACUGGGGUCAUAGACUGCUUUUGUAUCUUGUUAAUAUAGCAUAUUUUGCUUAACAGAAGUUUCAGCCAGCUUUUCUGUUUCGUUUAUAUACAGUCAAACCUGUGUUAAAGACCACCUCCGAACAGAGACCACCUGCCUCUAAAGACCACAUGUUUUGUUUCCCAUUUUAACAUUUAAAGUGUAUUUUAACCUGUGAAUAAAGACCACCUCCCAAUAAAGAACACAUUUUGGCUGUCCGGAGGGUGGUCUUUAUAGAUAGGUUUGACUGUAAACGUAUUUUGCGUUACUGAAGUUAUAGGCAGCUUUUGUACCUGCUUUAUAUGAACAUAUUCUGGGUGACGGAAGUACGUGACAGCUUUUGUAACAUGUUUCGCGUGACUGAAGUUAAAGACCUUUCCUGUAUCUGCUUUAUUUAAACAUGUACGUUUAAAGAGGUUCUUUUUGUUAACAUGCGUGUUUUAUGAACAAUAUAACUCAAGAUUCAC